AGGAUCAAAGAAGAGACUUAUUAGGCCUGGUUUCUUUCCUCAGCUUGGAUUUUGUUCCUCCAAAAGCUCCAGUGCCAUGGCUUCGCUAGCGCAUGACGAGGACCAGGUGGUGGAACUCUUCGUCACUGGCCGGAUUUGCCUCUUCGGAGAGCACUCGGAUUGGGCUGGUGGCUACCGGCGCUUCAACUCGGAGGUGGCUCCGGGCUGCGCACUGGUUUGUGGCACGGACCAAGGCCUCUAUGCCCGUGCACGGAAGAUUUCAGGAGACAGCAGGAUCUUGCGCUACACCUCCUCGGACGAUCAAUGUGUGGAGCUAGACCUGGACGAUCUAAGCGGUCUUCGGCAGAUGGCCCAGUCGCCAUCGGUCUUCGCUUACAUUGCAGGUUGCGUCCUGGAGUUGGGAAAGCACUUCCGCGUGGGCGGGGCUGACAUUGUCAACUACAAGUCGGACCUUCCGAUCAAGAAGGGCCUGUCUUCAUCGGCAGCAAUUUGUGUUUUGAUUGUGCGUGCACUCAACAAGUUGUACGACUUAAAGCUCACCGUGCACGGGGAGAUGGACAUCGCUUACCGCGGGGAGAUCCAGACGCCCUCCCGCUGCGGACGGAUGGACCAAUGCGUGGCCUUUGGGCGCGCAGUCACGAAGAUGAGCUUUGACUCUGACUUGUUGUCCACAGAGUCGGUGAGGGCUGCGUCCACCAUCUACAUGGUGGUGGUGGACCUUUGUGCCAAAAAGGACACCAAAGAGAUCCUCAAGUGUUUGAACGAGGCAUACCCUUUCCCUCGCCACGAUGCAGACAAAGCAUUGCAUGCGUUGCUUGGAGAGAUGAACCAACAAGUAUGCGAGGAAGCUCAAGAAAUUCUUGGCGAGCGAGAUGAACGCUGCGCUGCCGAGCGCCUUGGCCAGGCCAUGAGCAAGGCCCAGGCCCGCUGGGAUCAGAUUGCUGUACCACUUUGCCCUCAUGAAUUGAAGGCUCCGUCCUUACACCGCCUCUUAGAACAUCCGCAGCUCCAAGCGCACAUCACCGGUGGCAAAGGUGUUGGAUCGCAGGGCGAUGGCAGUGCGCAGCUGGUGUGCAAGUCCGCCGCCGACCAGGAAGAGGCUGUGAAGAUCGUGAAGUCCUUGAACAUGGAGCCCCUGAAGCUCACCAUCCCAAAGCAAAAGGCGGUGCGAACCGCCAUUGUGCCUAUUGCAGGUGCUUGCAGUGGCAUGUGGCCUGCAACAAAGUGUGUGGGACCCUGGCUCUUCCCGGUGAGAAAGCAGCGCAUGGUGAAGCCAGCCAUCGCAUGGCUCUGCGAAGAACUGGUUGAAGCAGGUCUUGAAAGAAUUCUCCUAGUGGUGAACCAAACCACUGAAAUGGAGAUGACAAGACUCUUCAAACAGCGAGAGGAGGUGGCCGUGCUGGAUUCGGCCUCACAGCACGUGGAUGGCUAUGAUGAGGUGCUCCUCGCCAUAGGCGAGAAGAUUACUUUUGUGCGCCAAGAGAAGCCGUCAAGCAUCCGGGAUGCCUUGCUGCUUUGUGAGCGUGAGGUUGAAGGGGAGGCCUUCCUCUUAGCCUGGGGUGACCAUUUCUGUCGGUCCACCUCUCAGGAGGGGCUGAGCUGUGUGGAGCAGCUGCUCAAAGCCUUUGCUGGGCGUUCCGUGGUUGGCAUGCACUGUGUAGACAAAGAUGAGCUCCAUUCUACUGGUGUCUAUGCCUGCAAGGAGCCCCCAACGCCCUUGCCACCACCCCUGGGUCCGCCACAAAGCGCUCCAGCCUUGUGGCCGCUCAGCCGAUUGGCUGAGAAGCCAACAAGGGAAUUUGCGGAAGAGCACUUAGUGACGCCAAAGCUGCCUGCAGGCACAUACUUGGCCUCUUUCGGCCACUAUAUCCUCACCUUCAGUGCCUUCAGGGCUCUUCGAAAGGGCGGCCACUUCACCCAGAUCUUGGAUGAACUGCGGCAAGCUGAAGGCGUCGAUGGCGUGCUCAUUGAGGGGACGCGCUGGGACCUAGGAAACAUGCACACCUACAUCCAGUGCUUGCAAGCGCAAGCUCAAGAGCCUUCAACUGCAGCAGUGGCGCUUCAUGGUCUGGCUUUGCUCCUCAAAAAAGAAGAACUCGGCAGUGCCAUUUGUGACGAGCUCAUCGACUCAUCGAUUCACAAGUGUAACAUCAAUCAAACCGCUGGUUGAUUGACACGGGCUUAUCAUAAGUGUCCUUAGAUGUCACUAGUGUCCAGCGUGCCCAACAGAAGGCAACUGGUCUAGCGAGAAGAAGCUUGGGCCACCUUCGGCAUUUGAGAGGAGUUGGAACAAGAUAGAACACGUAGAGGAGGACCCCCUCAACCAGAAGGAGUAUACAGUACACGUCCAAGGUCGUGUUGACUGGGGUUGAGUUGUCAUUGCCUUGAGCGAUGCUCUACCCUGCUGAAGUUAUCAUGCCUCAAUGGAAUGGUGGAUCGUUUGUUUGUCCAUUUGGUUGAGCAGAUGGCAAUAUAGGGUUAAACAGGUUAAAUUAACAAUGCCUGCGAUCGGCGUUUUUGAGCUCAUAAAACCUGCGACCUCAGCAAGGACGAACCUGCUGCCAAGCGAAGAAGAGUUGAUAGCUGAGCGCAAGACCUUUGAAACCUCAACCACGCUGGGGGUUGAAUCAAGAUGUUUUUGAGAUAAGCCGCUUGUUGGGUAUGAAUGGGCUACCAGUCUUUUUUGGCUUGCAACCAUUUGACACUCAGUAUUUCUUAGCAUACCGUCCUGCACUUAUUUAGC